AUGUGUCUAUCUCUGUUUUCAUCUAUCUAUUUACAUCCAUCUAUGUAUUCACAUCUAUCUAUCUAUCUACCUAUCCACCUCUAUCUAUCUAUACGUUUUUCUUUUCUUUUUUUCUUUCUGAUUCUCUCUCGUUUUUUUUUUUUUCUCUUUCUGUCUUUUUUCUCUUUUCUCUGUCUUUCUUCUUUUUCUUUCUUUUCUCUUUUUCUCUCUUUCUUUUUUUUUCUCUUCUUUUUUUUUCUCUUUUCUCUCUGUCUUUUUCUUUUCUCUCUGUCUUUUUUUUCUCUUUCUCUUUUUUUUUCCUCUUUUUUUCUCUUCUUUUUUUUCUCUUUUUCUCUUUCUUUUAAAAGGAAUUCAAUUUUCUUUCCUCUUUUUCUUUCUUUCUUUCUUUUCUCUUUUUCUUUUUCUUUCUCUUUUUUUUCUUUGUUUUUUUUUCUUUUUUAUCUUUUCUUUUUCUUUUUUCUUUUUUUUUUUCUUCACAAAAAUUUUUUUUUUUCUUUUUUUUUUUUUCUUUUUUUCUCCUUUUUUUUUUCUUUUCUUUCAUCUUUUUUUUCUUUUUCUCUUUCUUUUUUUCCUCUUUUCUUUUCUUUUUUUCUUUUUUUUCUUUUUUUCUUUUUUUUCUCUAAUUUCUGUUUUUUUUUCUUUUUUUUCUCUUUCUUUUUUCUUUCUUUUUUUUUUUCUUUCUUUUUUUUUUUUCUUUCUCUCUUUUUUUCUCUUUCUCUCUUCUUUUUCUUCUUUUUUUCUUCUGUCUUUUUCUUUCUUUUUCUUUUCUUUUUACAUUCUUUUUCUCUCAUAUUUUUCUUUUUUUUUCUCUCUUUCUUUUUUCUCUUUUUUUUAUUUCUUUCCAUUUUUUUUUUUCUCUCUUCUUUUUUUACUCUUUUUCUUUCUUUUUUUUUCCUCUCAUUCUCUUUUCUUUUUUUUUUUUCUUUCUUUUUUUUUUUUUCUUUUUUUUCUUUUUCUUUCUUUUUUUUUUCUCUUUUUUUUUUUUCUCUUUUUCUUUCUUUUUUUUCUCUUUUUUUUUUUUCUUUUCUUUUUUUUUUUUUUUCUUUUUCUUUUUUUUUUCUUUUUUUUUUUCUUUUUUUAUUUUUUUUCUUUUUUUUUUCUUUUUCUGGUUUUUUUUUUUUUCUCUCUUUUUUCUCUUUUUUCUUUCUUUUUCUUUUUCUUUUUCUUUUUUUUUCUUUUUUUUUUUUUUUUCUUUCUGUCUUUUCUUUUUUUUUUUCUCUUUUCUUUUCUUUUUCUUUUUUUCUCUCUUUUUUUUUCUUCUUUCUCUCUUUUUCUUUUUUUCUCUUUUCUCUUUCUUUCUUUUUCUUUCUCUUUCUUUUUCUUUUCUCUCUUUCUCAAAAUUUUUUCUCUCUUUUCUCUCUUUUUCUUUUUCUCUCUCUCUUUUUUCUCUUUUUUUUCUUUUUUUCUCUCUCUUUUCUUUUUCUCUCUCUCUUUUCUUUUUCUCUCUCUCUCUUUUUUCUCUCUUUUUUUCUUUCUCUCUCUCUCUUUCUCUCUUUUUUUUCUCUCUCUCUCCUUCUUUCUCUCUCUUUCUUUUCUUUCUAUCUUUUUCUUUCUCUUUCUCUCUUUCUCUUUCUUUUCUCUCUCUCUUUUCUCUUUCAUCUUUUUUCUCUCUCUUCUUUUUUUUCUCUCUCUCUUUCUGUCUUCUUCUUUUUUUUUUUUUUUUUUCUCUCUCUCUUUUUUUCUCUUUUUUUCUUUUCUUUCUUCAUUUUAUCUAUUAUUCUAUUUUAA